AUGUAUAAUUCUGUUGACAUUACUUGGUACUGUCAAGUUCAUGGAGUCUUCCUUCAUCUGCAGACAUUUGUAGGAAACAUGAAUGCUGACAGUGUGGUGCACCACAAGCUGCUGCACUCUGUGAGAGCCCGCUUUCUUCGCUUUGUGCCCCUGGAGUGGAAUCCAAAUGGGAAGAUUGGCAUGAGAGUGGAGGUCUAUGGAUGCUCCUACAAAUCCGAUGUUGCUGACUUCGAUGGCCGGAGUUCACUUCUCUACAGGUUCAAUCAGAAAAUGAUGAGCACUCUAAAAGACGUGAUCUCCCUGAAGUUCAAGAGCAUGCAAGGAGAUGGUGUCCUGUUCCAUGGAGAAGGGCAACGUGGAGACCAUAUCACCCUGGAGCUCCAGAAGGGCAGACUUGCCCUGUACCUGAACUUGGAUGACAGCAAAGCCCGGCUCAUCAGCAGUCCUCCCUUGGCUACCCUGGGUAGCCUCCUGGAUGACCAGCACUGGCACUCAGUCCUCCUCGAGCGGGUGGGCAGGCAGGUGAACUUCACAGUGGACAAGCACACACAGCACUUCCGGACCAAGGGUGAGACGGAUGCGUUGGACAUUGACUAUGAGCUUAGUUUUGGAGGAAUUCCAGUACCAAGCAAACCUGGGACCUUUUUAAAGAAAAACUUCCAUGGCUGUAUUGAAAACCUUUAUUACAAUGGAGUAAACAUCAUCGACCUGGCCAAAAGACGAAAGCAUCAGAUCUACACUGUGGGCAAUGUUACUUUUUCCUGCUUUGAACCACAAAUUGUUCCCAUCACAUUUGUCAACUCCCGGGGCAAUUACUUGCUGCUGCCUGGCACCCCCCAAAUUGAUGGACUCUCAGUGAGUUUCCAGUUUCGAACAUGGAACAAGGAUGGUCUGCUCCUGUCCACCGAGCUGUCUGAAGGCUCAGGGACCCUGCUGCUGACCCUGGAGGGUGGGACUCUGAGACUUCUCAUUAAAAAGGUGGCAGGGCAGGGAAUUGAAAUCUUCACAGGCAGUGACUUGAAUGAUGGCUUGUGGCAUUCUGUCAGCAUCAACGCCAGGAGGACACGUAUCACUCUCACACUGGAUAACGAGGCUGCUUCCCCGGCUCCAGACACCUCCAGACUGCAGAUUUAUUCUGGAAAUAGCUACUACUUUGGAGGGUGCCCUGACAAUCUCACCGAUUCCCAAUGCUUAAAUCCCAUUAAGGCUUUCCAAGGCUGCAUGAGGCUCAUCUUUAUUGAUAACCAGCCCAAGGACCUCAUUUCAGUUCAGCAAGGUUCCCUGGGGAAUUUUAGUGAUUUACACAUUGAUCUGUGUAGCAUCAAAGACAGGUGUUUGCCUAACUACUGUGAGCAUGGAGGACACUGUACCCAGUCCUGGACUGCCUUCUACUGCAACUGCAGUGACACGGGUUACAAAGGUGCCACCUGCCAUGACUGUAAGUAG